GGCGCCGGGGCCGGGCCGUUGCGGGAGCAUGGCAGCGGCAGGCGGGCGGCUCGUGGCAGCGACCGCGGCGCGGUCGGGGCGGCUGGGCUGGGGCGGGCCGCGCCGCGCCCCGGCCGUGGCGCUGGUGCCCUCCCGGAGCGCCACGGUCACCCGCAGCGGGGCCAUUUUGCCCAAGCCCGUUAAGACACCCUUUGGCCUCCUCAGAGUAUUCAGCGUCGUGAUCCCUUUCCUGUAUGUUGGGACUCAGAUCAGUAAGAACUUCGCAGCCCUACUUGAAGAACAUGAUAUCUUUGUUCCAGAGGAUGAUGACGACGAUGAUUAAAGGAACUGUAAUGGAAGAACAGAAGGGAGAAAACCAUUGACAAGGCAAUGGUUCCACCAUCUGUCACCUGUUUUUUCUCCUGCCUAAAUGGGAUAUGGGGGGGGCUCUGUAUCCCCUUUGCCAGUGAGUGUCCUGCGCAUGUCUCUGAUGGAAAGCUAUAGAUCAGAGUUGAAGGAAGUGCUUGAUAGGGCCUGCAUCCUUGCACACACACACACACACGCUCACCUCAUCAAAGGCUGCUUGGGAUUCCUUUCGUUAGCAAUAUGGGAAACAAUUAAAGAUCAAGAGGUUGCGAUGUA